AUGUGCGACAAGUGCGACGCUCAGCUCCUCGAAACGCUGCUGCACACGCCCUCCGAGGGCUACUACCUUCUGAGUGGGCACCUCGACCGGCUCCUCCUCUCCGGCUACGCGCUCGGCUUCACGCUGCCCGCGCCGGAGAAGAUAGCGGCGCGGCUUCACGCCGAGGCUGCCGCGUGGCCGCCCGGUGGCGCGAGCCGUGUCCGUCUGCUUGCCGCGCGCGACGGCUCGCUGCGCGUCGAGCGCUACGCGCUGGCUGGGGUGCUCUCCCAUCCCGCCGCCGUCAUGGCUCCGCCGACGAGUGACGACCGGACGACCGCCCGCGCGGCCUACGACGCGGCGCGCGAGCGUGCCGCCGUCGGCGGCGAGAUCUUUGACGUGCUGAUGCACAACGAGCUCGGGCAGGUGACGGAGACGUCCAUCACAAACGUCGGGCUCGAGGCGGCGGGCGGCGGAGGGGUGCUGCGGGAGGAGGCCAUCACGGUGGCGGAUCUGCGUGAGGCGCUCGGGGCGGGGCGUAGGCUCUGCUGCUUCAAUUCGGUGCGAGGCGCCUUGGCGGUGACGCUGGAGGAGGGAGGAGGGAGGGUGGGAGGCUAG